AUGGCGUGGAAUCGUGGAACCGAAGCACCGAAACUAAGGAGACGUCAAGCUGAAGCAUUGAUCAGUCUCCUGGCUCGUGUUCACGCCUGGGGUCUGAAGGGCAAGGACAGCUUGCCAUGGCUGCAAGAUUGCCGUGACGGAUACUUGUUGAAGCAUGGCCUGCCUGACUUGUUUCGAAGCAGCGUGGCCAAGAUCACAGAAGAGAAAACGGAAGCCUUGCUGGGCACAGCGGACACCCGAAACGUCAUGGACAUGCUGCAAACAUUAGCAAAACCCGGACUCUAUGAGUUCGCUGUAGACAUGGUGAUGCAGAGCAGCCCCAUGACCAUUGUCCACAUGGACGCCCGACAAGGAAAUGCCUUCUUUGAGGAGGAGAAGGAGGAGGAGGGGAACAGCACUGCGAGCCACGCGACGGCUGAAGGAGUGAAACUCUUUGAUUGGCAGAAUGUUUCUAGAGGUGGAGGUGCUUUGGAUUUGGCCUACACGCUCAGUGGUUCUUUGUCCGUGUGUGACCGGCGUGCGUGGCAAGAAGAUUUGCUGGCACAGUACCUACAGGAAUUUUGUCAGCUUUCCGGCAGCUCAUAUUCGCUAGAUGAGCUUAAGGAUGACUAUCGGAAAGCCUUGAUAUGGCCACUUGUUUGGGCAGCACUGACCUGUGCAGAUGUUGAAGGCACGGUGGACCAUUGCGCCGGUCCCAUCUUGGGAGGAGCUUGCAGCGCGGAGGAGCUGGCCAAGCGGAGCCACGCCAGGGAGGUGGCCAGGGACUUUGUGACCGUGGGCGCUGAACGGUAUCUUCGAGCAGCGUUGGAUGAAGGAAGUGCUCACGUCGUCGGAUGA